AUGAACUUCAAACCAGCCAAUGGUUUGGUAUUUUUAAUAUUUGGUAUUGCAUGGGUAUUACUUAUAGUAUCAUUUUGUACCAAUUGGUAUCGUAUUGACAAUAGUGUUGGUGAUACAACCUAUUUCUUUUAUAACAAGAUCAAGAUAGGAGACCAAACCACUCCAUUGGAAGAGACAAGUUUGAACGAGAAGUUUGUAGGAAUAUUCAAGGCAUCACUUGCUCUUGCAGUGUUGGCUUGGGCAACUCUCAGUUCGACAUUAUUGUUUAUCAUUCUGUCAUUUGUUGGUAUUCUAAAAAAAAUACCAUUACCAUUGCCCAUCAUUACAAAGAUCAUCCUUCCAGUGAUUGCCCUUAGCUUCUGUAUCUUAUCAAUGUUUAUCUUUGUUAUUUUAGGUGAUGCCCGUUACAAGGAUUGUGUGGCAAAUUUGAAUGGAGACUCUUUUGAUUGCAAUCAAGAUGAUAUUAAACGUUUUGUAUAUGACAAUGAAAAAGGACAAGGUGGACCUACUACUGGCUGGAUUGCCGUUCUAAUUAGUACAAGUUUAGUUUUAAUUGGUGGAAUCAUUUCAAUUUUAUUUGCCGAAUAUAAUGAUGAUGGUACGACUACUACCGCUAUGUAUGCUCUACCAAAUUAUAAUUAUAAUUAUAAUUAUAUAUUAGUUCAUAAUAAUGAAUGA